AGCUUGUCUUGACCAAUAGCCCUCUCUUGUCUUUCAAGCUUACCUUCGUCUGUAAUAUUCGAUACCACUGAAUGGGGAAGUGCGCCUGUAGGCCUAUUCAGUAAGUUUUCUUUCAUUUACUGGUAUUGUGAAAAAAAAGCAAGUAGACCAUACUCUUUUAUUUUUCUUAUCUAGGCUAGUUUUCUCUCUUAUCCCUAUUUUUUUUAUUAAAGAAAGUCUGUUCCCUAAGGAAGUGAAGGAUCGCGGAAGUCUUUAGCCACCUAUUUCAUCAAAGCCCCUUACCCUUGCUUCUUUCCCUUUAAACUCUUUGGUACACGCUUUAUCGAGACUAGGAUUUCUGUCUUACAGUCUGCCGGGUGAAACCUAUACUCUUUGACCUACCCCAACAAGCAUUUUAGGCGAAUUCUUGUCCUUUCUACUCAAGGAAAUUGACAGCUAGGAUCCUAUUUGAUCGAUCGCUCAGCCUCUGUAGUCCACUCUUUCAAUAUAGGAAGUAGAGAAAAGGAUGCAAGCCCAAAGUCUAGGAAAAGCAUCUCAUUUCCUGGCAAAAAAGCAAUCCACUGUGUCGAGGAAGGGAAGAAAGGCUCUGCUUUUGGUAUUUAUUUAUCAAAGAAAGACACAUUUAAGCGAGCGUGGCAAGGGACUAAGCUUUUGUUGUCGCGGGAUAGUAAAAAGCAUUGGCGGAUGCUAGCUAGGCAUAUUUAUUAGUUUAGUUUGUUUACAAGUAGGAAUUCAAAGAUAGCUAUUUUAGAGAAAGACCGGAAUAGGCAGUCACAGAUGUAAGUAGAAGUUUUAGAAGCAGGUAAGGUUUAUGCACGACGAGAUAUGCUAGCUAGAGCUACUUGGUAGUAGAAGAGGAAUAGCUUGUGCUUUUCGCGGGAUAGCUUCUAAGUAUAGACAUUCACAGUAGGCACGAAUGGGAUAGUUUGAGUUGGUUUCUCGCCAAAUAGAUUCAAGGAUAACUCGAUUUGAUACUAAGUACGAGAAGGUGCUUAGAACACAUACGGGAUCAGAUAAGGCUAGCUGCUCUAGUAUUGGUAAUAAAUCUUACAAGGGAAUACUAGAUACACCAGUUGUGGUAAGUCAAUUCAUUCAGGAUGCUCGUAAGUCUCGUGAAUCCAAUAAUAGGGCUUUAGUAGAGGCGCGAAAGAAGAAAGAUCUAUUUCAGUAUCAUUAAAAAGCAGUUUGAUGCUCUGCAGCUCUUUUCAUGCUGUAGUUGUAGCCGGCCGUUCCUGGUUAGGAAGCUCGGUAUUAAGGUAUGAAAGUGAAAGUCGUUGAGGCAUGAAGACAAGUGUGGUACUAGACUAUGUAAUAUUGGACUCCCUAAUCAUAGUAAAAUCUCGCUUUCUGUCACUCGAGACCUUUCUCUGGGCCGGCGGGGGUUGGCUUCACCACGGAAUACUCGUACGAGUAUCAUCAGAUAGGAGUUAUACUGAAGAAGAGCUUUCAGUUUUGAUGUCCAGGAUGGGCUUCUGGUUCACUCCUUUAUUUCUUUCUUUUAGAGACAGGAUACGGAAAGAUGAUGCAGUAUUUUCAUAAAAGCAAUGUUUCCGAUAAAAAGAGUGGAAUUUGGUAAAGAGAACUCAGGGGGCGAUAGAUAGCCGCGUCUUUCAUAUUCUCCUCCUAUGCUCUCCGGAUCCCAAGCUGAGGUGGGCCAUUUGCUGAGAUUGGUUCGAAUACCUGCAAUAAGAUAGCGUGGAGCUUGAACACGAAGCAUGGGCAAGAAGAUGUGGAUGGGAGGGAGUGAGAUAGUUCCUCUGAUCGCGACAUUGCAUGCCGCGUAAUCUUUCAUAUACCAUGGCUGACUUUUCUAUAGUCUGGCUGACUUGUGGCUAUGGUCCACGCUUACUUCUAGUUUGAGAAGCAGAGGAACCGCUUAAGUGUCCAAUCGACAAGCUGACAGACGGGGUCCAUGUUGUCGGUAAGCACAACGGUGAUAUCACUGCUCCGUCCAUUUCUCAGUGGACGACUACCCGCCUCGGCAUCAAAGGAUGGCAUGGUGAGUUGCUUCCAUGCUUCGCCAUUUCGAAUUUGAUUUUGGUAAAGAUAUGGGAUGACAGAAAGCAAGUGCCUCUUGCUACACUCAGACCUCAUGAUGGACAGCCGGGCAACUGUGUUGCUUUUCUGACUGCACCUGUGCGCCCCGAUCACAUCAAUCUCGUGACAGCGGUACAGAUUCAUACUUGAUUUUUUUUUCUUAUUUUUACACCUUCUUUUAUUGCUUUACAUUGUUACUUACACCGGUCAUUGCUAAUACCAAUAUGAGACUGGCACUGGUGCGUACCUUACGUAACAAGUACUGUUGUGAGUGGCUGCCCUAAUUUAGCAAUUCUUAAACUAAAAUGUCUCACGUCCAGUUUCAUUGUUUUACACUUAGUAAAUGAUACUUCAGAUCCAGGUCCUGGAGAUCAAAGUAUGGUCAUCAACAAGGCAAGGCUGGCUCUUACCAAGUGACUCAGAAUCAUGGCAAUGCACACAAACCUUAGAUCUCAGAAGUUCAUCAGAGCCCCAGGCCUUUUCCACCAAGUGGCUGGGCUAGAAUCCAUAAGCUAAGCUAAUGAAAGGGUCACAUUCAAUAGAAACCAGCUCCCACGAGAGGAGCUUGUUAAAGUGGGAAAGCUACCUUCUGUUGGGGAUCCUUCCUCUGUUGAGCUAGGAACCUACCCACUUUGUAAAGCUUUUAUGAAAGCCACUCAAAACUACAACUAGACUACCAGUAUAGGAACCUAAUGGGCAAGAAGACCAACUAAUAGAAAGUUGAGUUUUUCAGUGAAGCCUACCUAAUAUUCUGUAGUUCCGUCACUUGCUCCGUUGUUUGCUACUAGCGCACUAUGGCUUUACUUGACCUUUCCUACAUCAGGCUUUAAGCCGUAUCUUGGAGCCCCUUACUAUGAACUAUGGGCACAGGGGAGGGGGGAUGAGCAAACAGAGGCCCUGACGCGCUACAGCUUUGGUUUCCAACUUGCUCUCGUCUCCUUCGUUCCUUUCUCUCUUGACAGUCGUCCUUACUUCGCUCGCCUCUCACCACACAGAAUGUUUUGGCAGAUGGUUAGCAAGCUAGGCAAGCUUUAGCUUUGAAAGAAAGUCUUUAGGAGUAAAGUGAUCUUGGCCGGUAAGGAAGAAGAGUUCAAUCUUCUAGUUUCGAUGCACAUCCCCCAACUUCCGUCCUUUCUUUUAUCGUAGAUAAGCCACAGUUGGAAAUUCUUGAAUUCUAUUCCGGGUGUUGAAACCUUUCUUUGACUCACACAUGUUUCUUCUUCAUUGCUGUUUGGAUAACAAGCUGUCAUCCUUGUUAAUAGGCUUGCCAUACCAGCAAGGUGGAGUAUGUGCACUCAGUUUGACUUUCUUCCUUUUUCUUUUACCGCUCUUUCGAAAUGGGUCACAGGAAUAGGGCUACCUUUUUAUAAAUAGACAGGUCAAGUCAUAAGAACAAGUAAGCGAAAAAAGGCAAGUGAGCCAAGAAUUGACACAAACUAGCCUAGAGAGAUCGAAAAGAAAGAUUAGGAACUAGCCAAUCCAUGGGUAUACCAAGAAGUUACAAAAGUAGUCCCUGUAAACCAACCCCCUAAAGCGAAAUAAGCACAAGGAAAGAGCAAUAGGCCGGACCAUCCUAUAAAAACGAAACGGUCCCUUCGUAACCAGUCGUCCAUAAUAUCAAAUAGAUCAUUUUCUAUCUUCCAACAAUCUUCUCUUUAUUAUUCCACGGGUGGAACAUAAGUGACACGAGCCAGUACGCGAGCGUAGGAAUGGAGCGAGCAAGAUUCCUUUGGACUUACUUUGGUUUUGCAUAUAUUAUCAUAUAGAAAGAAACGUAGCGAUUCCGUAUCUAGUUUGUGUCUUAUUAUUCAACCAUGGAUCGCUGCGCAGGAAUCAAAUCAACGAGAAAUACUAUACUAGACUAGACUAUACUAGAACUAGAAAUUUCAUCAACGAGAAAUACAAUACUAUACUAGAAAUUUCAUCAACGGGAAAUACAAUACUAUACUAGAAACUAGAACUAGACUAGACUAAAAAUUUCUAGUAGCGAAGGAAAAGCGUGAAACAAUGUCAUGUCGCGACUCGACAUGUUAGAAGGAGCUAAAUCAAUAGGUGCCGGAGCUGCUACAAUUGCUUUAGCGGGAGCUGCUGUCGGUAUUGGAAACGUCCUCAGUUCCUCGAUUCAUUCCGUGGCGCGAAAUCCUUCAUUGGCUAAACAAUCAUUUGGUAGGAACGGGCAAAUAAAGAAUUUCAUUUCGAAUUCCUCCUCCUUUUUUUAUUUUUUGAUAUGCAAAUAUCCUUCUUUGUUAUUGUUUAUAAAAGUUACCAUUUUUGUUGUGAUAAUAUAUUUGCGUUUUUUACUCCCCCUAGUGGGACUCGUCUCCCAUCUAGAUUUGGGAUUGUUGUCCAUUAUAAGUCUCCCGCCGGAGGUUCAAAGCCCACAGGCUCUAGCUCAUUUAGAAGGGCUCAACUUCUAUCUGAGCCUUUAUGACCAGGAUCCGGAGUGGGUUGCGUUCAUUCAGCAGGAGCUGAAUCACAACACCCCUCUGGAGGACAUUCCUGGGCGCCUACACUUAUUUUUAAUAGAGGAAAAGAUCUCGUGUUUACGACGAGAUCUUAUCCAAGAUUUCAUUUCGAUGUAUAAUAGAAGCGAAGCCGUACUUCCCCUCGAGCCCUACAUUUUGGAAGAGGCGGUUCGCUCCUAUUUAGAUCAUAUUCGUGGGACGGAGAAUAUUUCUAUUCUCCGUGCAGCUUAUCAAGAUCUGCAGGAGAAUGAAGGAUCCAUCUUCUUUUUGGAGGUGGUUUCGCACAACCAGGAUUACCUGGAUGCACAGACCACUUCCAGGAGGUGCCAUGAAUUGGCGCAAAGGAUCCUAUGGGAUGGAAUAGCCCGCAGCCAAGCUCAGCUCGAAAGGGCUGAGUAUGAGCAUGCGCUACUAUUGUUUCAAUAUGAAGAUCUCAAUAGGGGGCGGGGGCAUAUUUAAGCAUGCAUUCCUAUUUUUUUUUGAAGCAGCAAGCGCCUUUAUGUGACCUAACAGGACUUUUGAAUUAACUCAGUGAUUUUGCAGACGGAGGAGAGGAAAUGAAAGCAGAAGAAGUUAUCGAAACUCGGAACCACAUGUUCAAUCUUUUUUUAGCGGUUUCCCCAGAGAUCUUUCUCAUUAACGCAACCUUCAUUUUGCUCAUUCAUGGAGUUGUAUUUAGUACCUCUAAGAAAGAUGAUUAUCCACCGUUAGUUAGUAAUGUGGGUUGGCUUGGAUUACUUAGUGUUCUAAUAACCUUGCUUCUGCUCGCCGCUGGCGCACCUCUCCUAACUAUUGCCCAUUUAUUCUGGAAUCAUUUUUUUAGGAGGGACAAUUUUACAUAUUUCUGCCAAAUCCUUCUAUUAUUAAGUACGGCUGGUACCAUUUCGAUGUGUUU